UUCUGUGUGUCUUAAAUCUUCUUAUACUUUUUUAUUCAGUCAAUGAAGAGGUGUUCUGAAAAUGUCUUAUAUGUUUUGGACACUGUUGACAGUAGCUGCAGAAAUCCCUUAAUAAAUAACUCGUGGAACUUGAAUCUGGGUUGUUUUUAUUUUUGGUUGGUUAGUAUGUUUGUUUUAAAAGAGGCAAGUUGGAAUUUGAACUCUCAUGAUCUCAACUGUGAAGUGGAAUAACUGUAGCCCAGUAUUGCAAUGGAUGUGGAAGAAGAAGUUAUCGGUCUUUGCCUAUUUCGAAGUUCAGGAAGGGUCACUCAUCCACGUUAUUUACUUAAUCCACUGAUGGGUGAUUUUGUUUCUGACUGGUCUCCUUUACAUGAAGCAUCCAUUCAUGGGAGACUACUUGCUCUGAAGAAACUUAUCAAUCAGGGAGCCAAUGUGAAUUUUAGAACAACAGAUUGUGUAUCGCCUCUCCAUGAAGCUUGCUUAGGAGGACAUGCUGCAUGUGUCAGUGUCUUAUUAAAACAUGGGGCCAAUGUAAAUGCCACUACUAUUGACUGGAACACACCCCUGUUCAAUGCUUGUGUCAGUGGUAGCGUUGACUGCUUGAACCUGUUACUACAACACAGAGCCAGCCCUCAUCCAGUUUGUGACCUGGCAUCCCCCAUCCAUGAAGCUGCUAAAAGAGGUCAUACCAAAUGUGUGGAAACUCUUCUGUCCAAUGGAGUCAGUAUUGACCAUAACAUAAAGCAUCUUGGAACUCCACUGUAUGUCGCUUGUGAGAAUCAACAGUUGAAAUGUGCCAAAAAGUUACUUGAGUCAGGCGCAAGUGCAAAUAGCGGAAAAGGCCUGGAUUCUCCUCUCCAUAUAGCUGCUCAAACCUCCAAUGUCGACAUGGUCCAUUUGCUCAUUGACUUUGGAGCAAAUACUAGGGCUGUUAAUGCAGAAGGCAAAAAGCCAAUAGAGCUGGUUCCAGCCAACAGUGCACUAAUGCAGAUAUUUCUGCAGAGAGAAGGGCCAUUCUCCUUGAUGCAGUUAUGUCGCCUGUGCAUCCGGAGUUACUUGGGAGUCAAAAAGAAAAAGAGAAUUAGUGAACUUAUGUUACCAGAUGAGCUAAAGAAGUUUCUUUUAUAUGUAUAAAAAGUGUUAUAUUCCUUGCUGAUACAUACUGUGCAAGUUUUACUUCCUAGCAAAAUUGUUUGUACAAUUUACAUUCCAAAUAUUCGAUCAGGAUUUUCAAUAGGGCUAGUUUGUUUACCCCUGCAUAUUUUAAUUGUUAGUUCCUAUUUGGACAUUAACUAAAUUUAAGAACUAAAUUAAAAAGAAGUAAAGAUCUUGUAGCAGAAUUUCAAUUCCAUAUAGCUGAUUAUCUGAGGUGUGUUAUAAAUGCUUCUCUCGUAAAUAGAAGAUGCCAAGCAUAUACAAUAUUGUGUUCUGUUAUUAUUAACAAUUUUCUGUGAUAUGGUCCCACAACUAAUCAACAAAGUAUUAUUGUUGUUAUUAUCAUUAACAGUUUUCAGGAAAUUACAUUGUUUAACAAAGA